AUGGCAAUGAAGGCACCACUCCCUGUUGAUCUGGAGGGCCAGGAGUAUCAAGCUAACAGAAAGAAAAGAAAGAAAAAAAAAAAAAAAGUAGUGGAAAAGUGGGUGAUAAAAGGACGAGCGCUUUCCCUCGCCCGUCGUCCGGCCAUGCCCACGCUGCUUUUUCUGCUCCAGCUGCUCACUUUUUCCCUGCAAGCCUCCUCCCCGCGCUUGCAGCCGGCGCCGCUGGCGGUCACCUGCCUCGGAGCUCGCGGACGCGGCUCCGAAGGGCUCAGCGGCGAGGGAUGGCUCUCCUGCCAGGGCAAUGGCAACUUGCGACUGGGGUACCAGCCAGCCCCGGAAGCGAGAGCGGAGGCAGAGAGUAAAGGGAGGCAGCCUGCCUCCCCGCCGCACUGCCGCUGGUACCUGAAUUGGGAUUGGGUGAAGAACACCUCCUCCUGGUCAGGGCAGUUCACACUCCGGACAGGCCUCUCCCCGGGAAGCGCUCUCCGGCCCGUGGCCCCCAGUGUCAUGACAGUGCAGUGCUCGUCUGCCUCAUGCGCUGCACCCGAGUGCCUUUAUCACAACUUGAGCAUCCAGAUGUCAGCAAGAUGGGCCGCUUUCCCCUGGGAUCCUGAGGAACACCAAGGGUUCGUGGCAAAAGUGAGUAGCAACCAAAGUGGACUGACACCAGCUCUCCCGAGAGUCAGGGAUGAUGCUUCAAAAACAACAGAGCUGGCAGUGCUUCACCAGGAAGCAGCCUGCAAAUUAAACUCGGUUACGAUUCAAAAACCUCCUCUUCACACCUCUGUCAUACGCCAGAAAAAGGGGACAACAUUUUACCUGUAUGCUAGAGUGCUAGUGGACUGCAACCUCCGCUUGUCCAUAAAGCCUCAGUGGAUAUUCUAUGCUGUUAAGGACAUGAAAACCAAUCCAGACUGGGACCAGCCUUUAAAUAUAUCAUCGAUGCACGGUGUCAACACAGUGCAGUUAACGGUUCCCAGCUGGACCUUGGAUUAUGGAAUGUAUCAGGUCUAUUUUACUGCUUCAGUAUACGUGCUCGGGACCAAGAGAACCUUCAGUAAGACAGACAGAAUUUUCCUCGAGAUAGAGAGAACUGAUCUUGUGGCAGGCAUUGCAGGAGGCGUCUUCCGGACAGUGGGCUUUUUUGAUAAUUGGACUCUUGAUGGCUCUGUGUCCUAUGACCCCGAUUCGCCGGAACGACUGAAGGGAAUCACGUUUACGUGGUACUGCACUAAAAAGCUAUCGGACUAUGAAAGCAUGAGAAUUGGUGCGGGAAAUAAGUGUCAUCCAGCCCAGAGGGAUUUGAGGUGGCUGACAUCUUCAGGAGCUGUUCAAGUGGUCGCACCGGAAUCGCUGCCGGGAAACACUGUCUACCACUUCCGCUUAGUCAUUCAAAAGGACAGAAGAAAGAGUUAUGCCGACCAAAGCGUGAAGGUGCAGUCUGGCUUCUCUCCUCUCCUGGAUGUGGCGUGCCUUGAAAACUGUGGCAGCGCUGUAAUUCCGACAGAGAGGUUUACGUUGUCAGGCAAAUGCCUCAACUGUGGAACGAGCAGCCAGCCAGUCUACCACUGGUCGCUUUGGUUGGAAAAUUCCACAGAAAUUAGCUUUGACUGGUCUUCCAGAACAUCGACGGGCAGGUCUGGUGCUUAUCUUUCUAUACAUGCUUUGACUUUUACCAGUACUACAGAUCAAUCAUACAUACUACUUCUAAAAGUGACUACCUGGGGUGGUAGGUCAUCACUCUACAGAUAUGCAUUUAAAGUAAAUUCUCCACCCAGGGCUGGCAAGUGUAGCAUCAGCCCACGCCGCGGUACAGCUUUCCUGACAAAAUUUGUUGUCCAGUGCAGCGGAUUUUCUGACAGCAACUUACCCCUGACAUACAAAGUCAUAGUAGCUUCCGACAUAUCCAAAACUGCCAAAAUCAACUCGGUGGAGGAUAACACAUUUGGCACAAUUCUGUACUUCGGCUAUCAGCCUAGAAUGCCUCCAUCUCUCCUCCCAGUUGGUGUACCCUCUCGGAGAUAUGCUCUGACACUGUACGUUCAAGUGUAUGAUUCUCUGGGGGCAUUUACCCAACUGAGUCUGCAUGUCAGAGCACAGAACCCAGUCAGAAGUCGACCACUAGCUGUUGUGUUUCAUGAACUGCUUGCCUCAGUGAGUGGUUCAGGUGCGCCCAUGACAGCUUAUCUCCAGACCGGAGACUAUUUCAAUGCGGGUUAUUUGGCUUAUCUUGCAGCCUCUGUGCUAAACUACAUCGAAGCCGCACCAACACUCCCGAUACCCAAGGCUCAGUUGAGGGAAAGCCUGAUUAAGGCAGCCCUGAAUGUUUCGGUUGAGAGCACCAUGGAAAUUAACCAAGUGGUAGCCUCUCUUUUUAAAGUCACAGAGCGACCUGAGGAAGUGAGUGCUCGAUCACAAGAGAUUGCCAUUACAAAACUGACUGAAGUAACCGGGGUCUUGAAAACACAGAGGAACGAGAGCCACUGGUCUGAACAAGCAGAAAUUCAGACCAGUGGAAUACUAAAAUGCGUGUCCAACAUCCUGAGAGCUGCUCUUCUGCGUCGCAGGAAGGUCAAUGUUAGUGCAGUCACGCAAGUCUUUUCCAUCAUGGAAAACUUAACU